GAUCUCUCACGGCUACAUCAGGAUCUCUCACGGCUACAUCAGGGGCUCACACGGCUACAUCAGGGGCUCACACGGCUACAUCAGGAGCUCUCACGGCUACAUCAGGAUCUCUCACGGCUACAUCAGGAGCUCUCACGGCUACAUCAGGAUCUCUCACGGCUACAUCAGGAGCUCUCACGGCUACAUCAGGAUCUCUCACGGCUACAUCAGGAUCUCUCACGGCUACAUCAGGAUCUCUCACGGCUACAUCAGGGGCUCACACGGCUACAUCAGGAUCUCUCACGGCUACAUCAGGAUCUCUCACGGCUACAUCAGGAGCUCUCACGGCUACAUCAGGAUCUCUCACGGCUACAUCAGGAGCUCUCACGGCUACAUCAGGAUCUCUCACGGCUACAUCAGGAGCUCUCACGGCUACAUCAGGGGCUCACACGGCUACAUCAGGAGCUCUCACGGCUACAUCAGGAUCUCUCACGGCUACAUCAGGAGCUCUCACGGCUACAUCAGGGGCUCACACGGCUACAUCAGGAGCUCUCACGGCUACAUCAGGGGCUCUCACGGCUACAUCAGGAGCUCUCACGGCUACAUCAGGGGCUCACACGGCUACAUCAGGAGCUCUCACGGCUACAUCAGGGGCUCACACGGCUACAUCAGGAGCUCUCACGGCUACAUCAGGGGCUCACACGGCUACAUCAGGAGCUCUCACGGCUACAUCAGGAUCUCUCACGGCUACAUCAGGAGCUCUCACGGCUACAUCAGGGGCUCACACGGCUACAUCAGGAGCUCUCACGACUACAUCAGGGGCUCACACGGCUACAUCAGGAGCUCUCACGGCUACAUCAGGGGCUCACACGGCUACAUCAGGAGCUCUCACGGCUACAUCAGGGGCUCACACGGCUACAUCAGGAGCUCUCACGGCUACAUCAGGAUCUCUCACGGCUACAUCAGGAGCUCUCACGGCUACAUCAGGGGCUCACACGGCUACAUCAGGAGCUCUCACGGCUACAUCAGGGGCUCACACGGCUACAUCAGGAGCUCUCACGGCUACAUCAGGCGCUCUCACGGCUACAUCAGGAGCUCUCACGGCUACAUCAGGGGCUCACACGGCUACAUCAGGAGCUCUCAUGGCUACAUCAGGCGCUCUCACGUCUACAUCAGGAGCUCUCACGGUUACAUCAGGAGCUCUCACGGCUACAUCAGCUCUCACCGCUACAUCAGCGGCUCUCACGGCUACAUCAGGAGCUCUCACGGCUACAUCAGGAGCUCUCACGGAUACAUCAGGAGCUCUCAUAGCUACAGCAGGAGCUCUCACGGCUACAUCAGGAGCUCUCACGGCUACAUCAGGAGCUCUCACGGCUACAUCAGGAGCUCUCACGGCUACAUCAGGAGCUCUCACGGCUACAUCAGGAGCUCUCACGGCUACAUCAGGGGCUCUCACGGCUACACCAGGAGCUCUCACGGCUACAUCAGGAACUCUCACGGCUACAUCAGGCGCUCUCACAGCUACAUCAGGAGCUCUCACGGCUACAUCAGGAGCUCUCACGGCUACAUCAGGAGCUCUCACGGCUACAUCAGGAGCUCUCACGGCUACAUUAGGAGCUCUCAUGGCUACACCAGGAGCACUCACGGCUACAUCAGGGGCGAUCACGGCUACAUCAGGCGCUCUCACGGCUACAUCAGGGGCUCUCACGGCUAUAUCAGGAGCUCUCACGGCUACAUCAGGAGCUCUCACGGCUACAUCAGGGGCUCUCAUGGCUACAUCAGGAGCUCUCAAGGUUACAUCAGGAGCUCUCAAGGCUACAUCAGGAGCUCUCAAGGCUACAUCAGGAGCUCUAAAGGCUACAUCAGGAGAUCUCAAGGCUACAUCAGGAGCUCUCAAGGCUACAUCAGGGGCUCUCAUGGCUACAUCAGGAGCUUCAUGGCAACAUCAGGGGCUCACGCGGCUACAUCAGGAGCUCUCACGGCUACAUCAGGAAUACAUUCAUACAACAAACUAG